GCGGGAUGAAAUAUGUAACGCUACUGUAUUUCGUGUAUGGGGGAGGAGGGGAUAGCAACUGUGAUCCCGGACUGCGACUUGUGUUAUGAAAAGCUGCGCUGCUGGGCGGAGCAGAUUUCGAGAAGGGCUAUGUCAUCAUGUUCACAGCAGCAUUUUUGUGAUUUGGAAAAGAUUUGUUUAAUCUUGUCUGGGAUUCCAUUAAAUGAACUUAUAUUAUGCAGACACCGUCUAGAGCACCGUCGACCUAGUACAGAUAUUCAUAAAAUACUCUGUGCUCUCAUAUUGCUUGCACAGGACAAGAGACCAGAAGCAUUAAAGAUACUAAGUUUGCUACCACAUUGCCACAUGGCACAACAUAUUAUUCAAGCUUUAAUAGCGGGAGAAACACUGCUAAAAAAUGGAGUACUCUCAUUGCCACCAUCCCAGGAUGCAGAAAUUUUGCAUAAGGCAGGGGAGAUUCAUGCACUGAUUGAACAAGAGAAUCUUUGUGGAUCAGAAGUAAUAAAGUCAAAUAAAACAGACACAGACUACAGUGAUGAUGAUGCUCCCCAUACUUUGGUUUCUGUGAAUGGAAUUCAGAUUCCACAUAUCAAAAACAGUCCAGCUUCUAUGAGCCUUGUGUCCAACAGCCUGCAGAUAAGUCAUUCACCUUCUGUUCCUUCUACUAGAAAUGAAUCUACUGAACGUGUACAUAGUAUUCCACUCUCAGCCAAUCAAGAACCACAUGUAACCUUUUCAAAUCUAGCUCCUGGGCCAUUGCCUGUAUAUUCUGUGACCGGUUCCUCAAGUAUAUCCACAAAUAAACAAAUAAAACCAGAACCUGUUGUGUUUAAAACCUCAAUAAAAUCUGAAAUAGAGUGUUCAGAAAGACAAAAACCAUUAUAUGAAGCCCACCCUAGAAACUUGAAUUGUGACUCUAAUUCAGUACCAUCUUUGAAAAAUAAUUUUUUCUAUCCAAUUCCACCGCAGUGCUGCACAUAUACUGUUCCCGAUGAUUCACUGUUUUUUAAUUUUGUGGUCUUGCAUGUCCGUGAAGACAGUGAAGUUGCACGCAGGGUGUGUGAUGUUCUACAGUCUCUUGGUGCUGGAAAUGGUACUACUUUCUGUGAAGGCUUUGAGAUUCCUGGUUCAAACCCCCUUACUUGCAUACAGGAAGCUGUUGAAAACUCUGCAUAUAUCAUCCUUCUUAUGACAGAGCAUUUUGAGACUCGCUGGGCAGAAUUCCAGUCCAAUGCUGUCCUCAUGAAUUCUAUUAAUGAUGAAAACAGAACUGGCUGUGUUAUUCCCUUCCUGCCAGAGACUAAUCGUCUUCCAAUAAAAAAGAUGCCUUUGGCUCUAAAAUCUUUAAUUCCACUGGAUGAAUUAUCCCCUGUAUUUCGUCGUGCUGUGUGCAACACAUUUAAACAAGAAAAAAUUCUGUCCCAAAAACAACACUGGGAAAGGCAGCAACAAAAAAAGAAAGAGAGACAGAGAAUGUUAGAGCUACAGAGAUCUGAACAAGCUAAUGAUUCUGGACAGUAUUUAAUGCAUAUGUGUGCUAAUGAAGGUAAUGUGAACCUUAGUGCACAAUACAUGUAUCAGCACCCCAUUCCUUAUGCUCCAGUUAUUCAUAUCAACAAUGCAGAGAAUAUCCAAAUUGGUAACCACAACUGUAUUACAGUUAAAGAGGUUGCUGAGACCUGUGCAGAUGAUGGGAAUAAGAGGCAGGCAGAGUAAAUUCCAUAAGUAAGAAUAUGAAAUGGCAAACAAAGUAAAUGGUGAGUAUGGGUUUGACAUAAUGAGUGAAUUUUAGAAAGGAAGAUCACAAACAUAGGCAAACUUUAAUCUGACCCAUAAAAACCAAACUGAGAUUCUUUGUUUUACCACUUGUAUUUAAAUCAGUGGAAGCAAAGAUUUACUUGUUUGUCAUAGUUUACUGCUCAGGUACAAGUUUAAGAACAGUUAAGACAGUUUCACUUUAGCGCUUUCUGUAACUUCCUGGUCUCAAAGAGCAGAUGAAGAGCUUAUAAAACUAAUGACCAGUCAAAUGAAAAGCCCCUGAUAAUGAGCUGCUCAAAGGCUUAGUUCAGGCUUAAGUUCUAUCUAAGGUUAGUUCAUGUAUUCAUUCAUGGCUGUCAAAAGAUUUUAGCUCACAGCAGUCCAAGUGAAUAGAGAGAAGGUGGAAUUCAACUGUAAAAGAUCUGUUUUUUUUAAUAAAAUAUAUAUUUUUUUUAUAAAAGUA